AUGGGAAAUUGCUUGUUUGGUGGCAUGGGAGGUGCGGAGGAGGCUGAGACCAUCCAAGUUGUCACAGCAAAUGGCGGUAUUAUGGAAUUCCAUGGCCCUAUAACAGUUGGCUUCAUCUUGGAAGAAUUUCCUUGCCACGCCAUUUUUAAGAGUGAUGAUCUCUUCUGGAAGCCGUUGUUAAACAAUGAAGAGCUUCAUCCUGGAGUUUCGUACUUGCUUCUUCCGCUUCAUACGAGUAAAGAAUAUAAAGACGAGUUUGAUGUUAAGGUAGGGCAUGUUAGAUCCAAGAGUAUACCUACAGGUACAACAGGAGGGAAUGCAGGUUAUAGGAUGUCCUUUGAUAGCAGGAGUACAACUCAAAGCAAUGUUCUCAAGAGAUCAAAUACUGAUGUCUUUUCGAGGUACAGCAAUAGAGGAGGAGCAAAAGAAGGAGUUUGGAAGGUGAAGCUGGUGAUAACUCCAGAGCAGUUGGUGGAGAUACUGUCACAAGAAGCGCGCACUGAGGAGUUGAUUGAGAGUGUCAGAACCGUAGCAAAAUGUGGCUGCAAUGGGGCCGCCUCUACCGGGUUUUCAGAUCAAUGGAGUGUAGCUAGUAGCAGGGCAUCCUCAAAGAAAGAUUAG